AUGGCUAGUGAGGCCGGCGCCCGAGGCAAAGCAUUGCCAAAGGGGGUCAUCAUGGGGAUUCCAAGAUCACCAGUACAGGUACGAGAACGGUCAACAUGCCAUCACAAUAUUUCCUCUUACGUCAACUCCCGACCGAAACCUGGUUCUGGGGUCGACGAUGAUCUCUGGACCAAAUGGUACAUAGACGAACAUCUGCCCGACUUGGUGAACAGCAAGACAUCGACACGCGCGGCCUUCUAUCGCGAAACCCACGACUUCGCGCUCGCAACGAAAGUACCACAUCCGCGCAAGUUCCUGGCACUGUAUCAGACGGACUUCGAGGAACCGCUCAAAUCCAAGAACUACCUCGAUGGCGUGCGACACUCGAGUGGGAUGUGGCCGCAAAGCAAGCAGACGUCCGAGGUUGGUGACUUUGACGCUCGAAACUAUAAACUCAUUCAGGAGUAUGACCCUAACAAGACUGGUGAUUCCGCUCCGCCGUUCUUGCUUACCGUGGAAAUGGAACCAACCGAGCAGAACGAGGGGGAUUUCGAUGAUUGGUAUCGACAAGAACAUCUCGAGCUGCUCAGCAAAUUGCCUGGAUAUCGGAGGUCGUUGCGAUAUGUGAUUGGGCCCAAGACACCAAUUACCCAGGGAGAGCCGCCAAAGUAUCUGGCCAUCCAUGAGAUCGACAACCCACGCGCUUUCGAUGGUAAGGAGGCCGAGGCCGCGAACACGACGAAGUGGACAGUCAAACAUAUCAACGAGGCAAAGAGCUUUACCCCGAGAAUGUGGCAGAGGGUUACUGCCGAGGGUUUUUGA